UCUAACUUUGUGUGCAUUUUGACCUUUGAAAAGCGCAGAUGUUUCCUUCCGCCAGACACUUUGCUGGAACAGACUGUCCUGUCCUCAGCCGGGGCAGGUGCGAGCGACCCUACUGCCUGUACAAGCACAGCGCCCGCGGUGUUCCCGUUACCGUUACCGGCGCCGUGGGGCAUGACCACAUUCCAGAAACAUCACCCUUCCAGAACCAAGAAGUGAGCAAUCCUUGUCUUCUGGAGCUGGAAAGGAUCAACAAACAGAUUGAAGCAGUUAGAAGUGAGGUGGAGAAGGAACGUGAGAGGUUGUCCCGUUACCAGUCGGAGCAGGGAGAGGGCCAUGGCCCUGGAUCCCAGAAAGACUUUAAAUCUAGACUGACUCUCUCUAAAGACCACAACAGAAACCAGAUGUUGUAUAAAAAGACAACUACUAGCAAGUACGUGGUUGAUCGCACCAGACCCAAAACUGAUCUGGAAUAUGACCCUUGUUCAAAUUUUUCUGCUGACCUGAGAUCUGGCAGCUCAGUAGAUAAAAUUAGAGCAGCCCAUAAAGCAGAUACAGAACAUGACCAAAGGGACAGCGAAGCUUCAGAAAGUGUGUGUGCCGACUCUUUUCAGGCAUCAUCGUGUAUUUUGGAGGAUUCUGAUGAGGGAGCACUGGUCAUCGACAUUCCACCUUUUGAAAAUGGUAGAAGACCCACCAGAUCUCAGAAACAAAGAACGACAGCCAGUGACGCCAUGGCAGUGCUCGGAGGCGGUGAGUGUGAAGAGGGGGAGAAAAGGGCUUCAAAGAAAGGUGCAAACAUCACACGGAUAUCAGGAGAACGUUCAGAAAGGGACGGCGCGGACACUGGCUUUCUCCUCCUGGAGAAGAACGUGGCGAUCAGGCCCACAAAGACGGACAUGAACACCAGCCAGCUGCGGGCCUCACCUCAGAUCAGCAAGCUCAUUAAUGUUCCACACCAAGACAGCGACUCAGCAAAGCCAAAGCCAUCCUCAGUGCCUCCUGGAGAUGGACGCAGUCUUGGAAUUGGACCUGUGGAAAAUGAAAAGAAGCAGACUGCCAGUGAGGAGGCAGAGUCAUCCAGGAAGUUGCUCCAUGUUGAUGACUCGCCUGUAAGAAAUGCCCCAGAUAAAGGCACUAAACAAAGCCCGACUGCCCUCAAGGGUGAUGAAGAGAAAAAAUUGAUCUCAAAGCAGCUAGUGACCAUAAGGGAGAAUAUUCUAGAACCUCAUGAAAAUGCAAGGUCUCUGAUUGUAGACAUUGGCAGAUCUUCAGAGGUUAGCCACUUGGAUAAGCCAGUUUCUGAAGACAUGGUGAAUCUUGAUGGUUUUGAAGAGAGAGGACAGAACAUUGAAACUGUUUUGGAUGAUCUUUCCAUGUGUCUGGACCACUUGAGAAGUGAAAGUGAGGGUGUUGCUUGCCUUCAGGAUGUUGCAGAUCUCCUUGACAUGCCUGAUUGUUCAAAGAACAAUGGAGAUCUUUUUUCACCACCUGCCAAAACACGUGAACAAAGUGUGAUCACUAGUAGAACCGAACUUUGUGCUCAACAAAAUAAGUUGCACUCAGGUUUUGCCCAUAAAGCCGAGAUCUUGGCCCCUGCAUGCUCGCAAGAGACGGUGGUAUUUCAGGAUUGCUUCCCCAAUAUGUCCCCUCUCUCAGCCAUGACCAAGGGGCUGGGACCUGGUCCAAGUAGCACAGCCUUUGCUGAAACGCGAUGGUCACCUCAUCAGAAUGUUCUCCCCCGGUCUUCUGACCAGAACGUGUCCGUGUAUGUUUUAGGAACUGACGUAAUAAGUGUUCCGUCAACACAGUCAAUGGAGUUGCUUGGCUCCGUCACCUCACCGGUGGCUGUGACUUCGUGUGGCUCCUAUGCAACAGGCAGUGUGUCUCCGACCCCUUCACCUGCUGUGACGGAGGCAUCAAAUAAUGAGGUCGUCCGGAUCGACUCUAGCUCCUCGGAGGAGCUUCGUUACUCGGACUUCGACCUGUCAGAGACGGAUCCGAUGGAGGAAUGCUACAACAUCUUCAUGGAAGCAAACAAAGACGUGCCACAGGAGGUGUCAAAGAUGUCAGAGACUGAUGCAUCACUCCAGUCGCAACCAGUUCAGAAGAAGAGAGUGGCUCACGUGGCGAAGUUUGAGGUCAGUAAGAGCAAAGUGCAGGUUCCUCUGCGGGAGGGAGGCUCCCAGCUGCCUGUGCCCAGCCGGACUCAGCAGUGCCAAAAGAGGGCGGCGACCCUUACUUCAGCCCUCAAAGGGUGCCAGUCAUUUAUCGCCACCAGUGUGCCCAGGAGAGUCCUCAGCCCUGCUGUAACUCACCCAAACCCUGCACCAAACUCCUGUGUGAGCUUCCUUCCUGUGGGUGCCACCCUGCGCCUGGGCUCAGACCUGCACCUGAUUGUCCCUGAAGGGAACUGCGCUUUACCCAUCACCUUGAUUCCUGCCACAGUGCCUGUAAUGCGUCCACUCCAGCCUGCUCAGCGCCCCCUGCCUGUGCAGCCAGCCAACUACACACCUGCCAAGGCAAUUCCCGCCAAGCGAAAAGCCAAAGGUCGUCCAGAGGUGGGUGUGAAGGUUCCACAUGAUGUGCGGCAGCGGUACGUGAAUUUAUUCGUGGAAGAGUUCCUGAAAACGUCUGCUACUGUCCAAGAUGCCUUCGAAAAGGCGCUCGCAGAAGAGAAGACAGUUUUUGAUCGGAGCGUCAACAAAUUAAAAUAUCUGAGUGUAGCAGUCAAUGCUCUCAAGAGACUUAAAAACCAAAAUGCCUCUCCAACUACGUUUUCCAGUGAGGGAAGCGCACAGGCGUCUCGAGGACAUGUGGCACUGAACACUGAAGCCCUUCUGGGAGACGGCGAUGCCAGGCUGUAUGCUCAGUUGAAGGAGCACAUCCUGACCGAGGCCCUACUGCGGGAGAACAACUACCCUCGCCAACACCCUGGCGAGGCUGGCACUGCUAUGCAGUACGGAGAAGCUAAGAAGAGCACUGGAGAUGCUUUCAGAAGGAUCUGUUGUCGCUGUGGAACUACGUUCUCCGUUAGCCAGACGGGAAAACACACUCGCAAAGAGGAGUGCAACUACCACUCUGGCAAAGUUAUCGAAAACAGAGUGCCUGGUGGUGUGGAGACGCGCUACAGCUGCUGUGAGAAUGCAGUUGGGACUCCAGGGUGUCAAGUGUUCAAGCUGCACGUUCACGAUACCAUGGGCCUCCAGGGUUUUGUGGGCUCCCUCCCCCAGACGCGUGCAGGCUGUCCAGGGGUUUAUGCCAUUGCUACAGAAAUGUGCUACACCACUCAGGGACUGGAACUGGUGAGGGUCACUGUUGUCAGCAGCAGUCUGCAGGUCAUCUAUGACAGCUUUGUUAAGCCCAACAGUGAGGUCAUUGACUACAACACCAGGUUCUCCGGAGUCAGUGAGGAGGAGGUGAAGAACAGCUACUCAUCCUUACGAGAUGUCCAGGCUGUGCUUCUGAGCUUCAUUGGCGAGGACACCAUACUGGUUGGGCAUGGCUUGGAAAACGACCUCUGUGCUCUCAAACUCCUGCACAACACGGUGUUGGACACGUCUGUGGUGUUUCCGCACCGGCUGGGACGGCCACACAAGAGGGAGCUCCACAGUCUGAGUGCAGAAAUCCUCCGCAGGAUAACUCGUGAGAGUGGGGAGGGGCGGGACUCCCGUGAGGAUGCGCUGGCCUGUAUGGAACUCAUGCUGUGGAAAGUGAAGGAGGACUGUAAAGGGAAACGAUGCUGAUUUCCUGAAUAAAGUUGCUCACGGUUUCUGUAAUGUGUCUGUUACAGAUGUGACGCAGCAAAACCCCAAACGCCACCCUUCACCUGCUGCCCUUUGUGUUGGGAUUGUUUUGGAGAAGGGGGGGGGAAAAGGGGAAAAAAAAAAAAAAGGCAUAUAGAAAUGAAUUCCUGUUGGUCGUGCAUCUGACUUUUUUGUUAAUGUCCAGAAACUUGUACUAUUACUUUGGUGAAAAGCCUGUUUAUAAAAUAAGGGGUGGCGGGUGUUGUCACAAAUGCACGGGGGGAGCAGAAGUACUCAGCUCUGGGAAGACGGAACAGAAAGUAAACGCACUGCACUGAGUCCUGUGUUGUGACUUAUUUGGAAAUGGUAGCUACCUUCUUAACAGAUUUAAUUAAUGAAUUAAGUGGCUUUCAAGCCUGACUUAAUUUACAAAGCUUUCAUUUAAGCAAUGUCUAUCUGCAGUGGGUGUGGCUUGUUAUUAGGCCGUAAUUUCCUACUGAAACAACAUUUUGUGAUUGGCUUGUCACCAGCGUCUGAAGUGGUUUUCUGUUGUUGGGGGACUAAGGCCCCAUUUAGAGCACUGAGGAACAUGCAGGAUGAUGUGAUGUUUGAGCAGUGAGUUCUCGUUUAAGGAACUACAUGUAGAGUUAACACCUCUAUGUAGA